AUGCCCAAUUUCGCCAGUCCUCCCCCAGCCACUCAACAUGCCCUCCUCUCCUUCCCCGCCCCGCACGUUCUCCUGGUGACCCUUAACCGACCGCGAGAUCUUAACUGUAUCAAUGCGCAGGGUCAUGCAGAGUUACAUGAUGUAUGGGAGUGGAUGGAUGAGGAGCCCAGCCUGCGGGUCGGCGUGUUGACGGGGAAGGGGAGGGCCUUUUGUGCAGGAGCGGACCUAAAAGAAUGGAACGACCGCUCUCAAACCUCCAGCUCCAAGACCCCAAUGCCAGCUUCUGGCUUCGGGGGCCUGGCUCGGCGCAAGGGCCGUAAGCCCGUCCUGUGCGCCGUCAACGGGCUCUGCUUCGGCGGCGGCGCCGAAAUGAUCAUCAACUCCGACCUUGUCAUCGCCUCCUCACGUGCUGCUCUGGGCCUCCCUGAGGUGAAGCGCGGAGUCGUCGCGAUGGCAGGUGCCCUGCCGCGCCUCGUCCGCACAGUCGGCAAGCAGCGCGCGAUGGAGAUGGUGCUGACAGGGCGAACGUACACGGCCGAACAAGCAGAGCGGUGGGGCCUAAUCAACGAGGUCAUUGACGUGGAGGAUUGUGUUGUGAAGGGAGGCAAAGUUGAUGAUGAUGCCGUGUCGAAGAAAGUGGUUGGAAGGGUCGUGCAGGUUGCGUCGGAGAUUGCGGGCAACAGCCCCGACGCCGUGCUGGUCAGUCGGGAGGGGGUGAAAUUGGGAUGGGAAGGGAUCGGGGCGGAUGAGGCGACGAUGAUGUUGAGCGAGACGUGGGUACGGAGGUUGUUUGAGGGGGAGAAUAUCAAGGAGGGGCUCAGGGCUUUUGUUGAGAAGAGGAAGCCAGCCUGGAAGGAUAGUAAGCUGUAA